GGCGAAGCACAGUCGACGCUACGUCGACCUUUGGAAUUUCGUCAAUUUCGUCAUCUUAACAUCUGCCUGCUUAUUGUAAAGUCUACCAAAAGGUAUUUUACUCGAUGUAUGUUGCACACAGUUUCGAUGUCAACAUGUUCGCUUCUUGAAUGUUCACAGUCACAAUGCCAAACUGGGGCGGAGGCAACAAGUGCACGGCGUGCCACGGCACGGUGUACCACGCUGAGGAGGUGCAAUGCGACGGCCAGAGCUUCCACAAGAGCUGCUUUUUCUGCAUGGUGUGCAGGAAAGGCUUAGACAGCACCACAGUGGCCAUCCACGACCAGACACUCUACUGCAGCUCAUGCUACGGCAAGAAGUACGGUCCAAAAGGCUACGGCUACGGCCAAGGGGCCGGCACGCUUAAUAUGGACCGAGGGGAGCGACUGGGAAUCAAACCCGAGCAGUCGCCGUGUCACAAGCCCACCACCAACCCCAACCCGUCCAAAUUCGCCCAGAAGUUUGCCGGAUCGGAAAAAUGCGCUCGCUGUGGUGACUCGGUGUACGCCGCGGAGAAGAUUAUGGGUGCGGGUAAGACAUGGCACAAGAAUUGCUUCCGCUGUGCCAAGUGCGGCAAGAGCUUGGAGUCCACCACCCAAACGGAAAACGAAGGGGAGAUCUACUGCAAAGCUUGCUAUGCGAAGAACUUUGGCCCGAAAGGAUUCGGCUACGGCCAAGGAGCCGGCGCCUUGGUCCACGCCGAGUGAUAUCGUCGCCAUUCCUCGCUGUUAUUAUUUUUUUUGCUUUGAAUCUGUCUCAAAUAAAACAAUACACCCCCCCCCCAAACACAAAAAGUUCACAUUUGCCUGUCUUUUAUUAUUAAAGCCAUUAAAACUCAA